GUUGGUAUUUUUUGCCGCUGUCAUGUGUGUGCAUUUGUUAUAAGCAAAGUAGUUUUUUGGCUUUAAUUUUAUUUGAAUGUUAAUACCUCUUCAUUUGCGUUGUUUAGUGUAACGAAUAUUGUACAAAUAUGACAAAUUCUAUAAAAGAAGUAAUGGAAAGUGUUUUGUCAUGUUUGUGGAGUCGAUGUAAAUACAUAUGCGAAAAUUUGUUAGACUUAAGCAAACAUAUAGAGACACAUUUAGAGUUAAAUGAAUCUCAAACUGAAAAUAGCGACUAUAAUUGCUCUUGGACAGGUUGUAAUUACAGUACAGUGCACUUAGACAGAUUGCGAAAGCAUGUUUUCUAUCAUGGAUACUACAAUUUUUUACUAUUAAGGGGAAAAUAUGAAUGUGAGAAACGUUUAGAUAUACCUAAGUGCCAUGUUUCCGAAAAGGUUUUUGAUUUGAUUCCAGAGGUUAUUACUAAUUAUUUGUGUGAAUGGACUGAUUGUGAACGUAGUUUCGAAUCUAUAAUAGAGUACCAAGACCAUGUCAUUAAACAUGUCAUUUUCGAGUGUGAUAUAGUAAAAACUGGAAAUGGAGCAGCUUUAAAUAUGCACUGUGGUUGGAGAUAUUGUUAUAAACAAUUCGAACACAAAUAUCGUUUAAUUGAACAUGUCAAAAUCCAUUCCAACCAAAAAGAGGCAGCAUGUUGUCAAUGUGGAAAAACUUUCUGUACAAAAACAUCUCUCUUUGAACACCUAGUGCGACAAGAUAACAACAAUCAGAAAUUUCAAUGUUGCAAGUGCUUUAAAUGCUUUCCCACAAAAAAAUUGUUGAAUUCUCAUAUAAAAAAACAUUUAAAUCUUUACAAAUGCACUAUGUGUUAUGUGACUUGUUCAUCAAAAAGUUCGCUUGCUACGCAUAUCAGGUAUCGACAUAUAUCGGAUAAACCAUUUCAAUGUACAAAGUGCUCACAUAAAUGCGUUCGGAAAAGCGAUCUGACUAAACAUUUGCAUCAUGCCCACACAAAAAAGCUACAUCAAUGUAACGAAGUUGGAUGUACUUACGCUGUAAGAACUUAUAACUUAUUACGGAGACAUUACUUGGAAAUUCAUGAAGACUCGCCUAUUAUUUAUCUCUGUCACAUAUGUGAAAAGCCGUAUAGAAAUGGAAAGACCCUUACGCAGCAUUUAAAAGUUAAACAUCAACUUCAAAGACCAGAAGGACACAAACGAUUUAUUUAUCGUGCUGAUGAAAAUGGAUUUUACCGUUUAAAAUUUAAUGAAAAGUAGUAAAACUUAAUGUAUUAUUUUAUUAAUAUAAAUUGUAUUGAAAAAAAAAUAAAACUUUAUCCAUAUUUAUAUUGUACUACUUAAUUACCACACGAAGAUUAUAGAUGCGGUACAAACUGACUCCUGUCAUUUCUGUUAUGAGAAGGAAACAUCAGAACAUAUUCUAUGCAACUGCCCAGCGGAAGCAAAACAAAGACUCGACUAUCUUGGAAGCGGGAUCUUAGUCCGAAAUCAAAUAGGCAAAAUCAAGCCUACAGCAAUUACAAUAUUUAUAAAUAG